AUGACGGAUGACGUAAUUCGUGGGAAGGUUGUCACAUGUGAUAAAGGGCUAACUCCCUUAUCGUUGGCUAAAGAGGAAUGGCGAGACCCGGUGGUGCUUAGCACCUCUGACCGCGAGUCCGUAUGGAAAGAGAAGGAGCUCCAUGGGAGGUUCUUCAAGCACGCAAACCUGCGGGCCAACAUUUUACAACGAACAGCCAACGACCUACGCUCCUUCUCGAUGUCGACGUUGUCAGAAAGCAGUCCCGAAAAACCAGGAACAACUGAAACCAAUACCACCGACGAACUAACGACGACAGAAACCAGUGCUACUGACGAAUCAACGGCAACAGAAACCAGCUCUACUGACGAAGCAACAACAACAGAACUCAGUAGUACUGAUUUGCCAACAACAACUGUUGCCAGUACUACCGACGAACCAACAACAACAGAAACCAGCACUACAGACCAAACAACACCAACAGUAACCAGCACUACUGACGAACCAACAACAACAGAAAUCAGCAGUACUGAUUUGCCAACGACGACUGUAACCAGUACUACCGACGAACCAACAACAACAGAAACCAGCACUACUGACGACCCAACAACAACAGAUAUCAACAGUACUGAUUUGCCAACGACAACUGUAACCAGUACUAGCGACGAACCAACAACAAUGGAAAUCACAACAACUGACGAACCAACAACAACAGAAAUCAGCAGUACUGAUUUGCCAACAACAACUGUUACCAGUACUACCGACGAACUAUCGACAACUGACACCAGCACUACUGAAGCGACAACUGAAAAUCCAAUUAUUAAAGACGGAUUUUGGAAUCCUUUAACUACUACUUUAACGGUAUCAUUUAGUGUCUUAGCUAUUAUCGGUAUAUCAGUAUUUUUCUACUUAUUUGGUAAACGACGCGCUGUAAAUCAAUUGUUGACUGAAGAUAUUGAUGAUGAGAGUGUACCAACUCCAGUUAUUAUACCGAGAGCUAGAGCAUUCCCUGCAGAUAGUAGUGUCGUCAAUAUUUAUGAUCGUUUUUAAUAACAUCCAACUGAUACUGCAUGGAAAAUUUAAGCGUACUUAAUUUAUUUCUGUCCGUACAGUUACAUGUCGUAGUAGUGUUAGUAGGUACAACAGAAUGCAAAGUAUUUAUUUUCGGAAAUAACUUGAUUGGUCUGUCCAUGAUGCGAUGAUGCUGGUGAUGAUUCUUAAGAAGACUGCUGGUGCUGGGCCUCACUCUGGUCAACAGGAAUGCCACUCUUCUUCGAACGACUUGGCUGAAAACCAGCACCCUGCGCUACCUUUUCAGCUCACGUAGUCCGUUAAAUUUCCGCGAUCCAGUGACUCAAAUACUUAGUCACUUUUUCGAGCUCACAACCGUUUAUAUUGGUUGGUAGCACUGAACAAGUGGUACCCGAUUUUAACACCAAGAGUUCACUCUUUUUGACUUGCACUACUGCCCAAAUUACAUGUUAUUCAGUUACUGAUUGCAAUUGCAUGACGGCAACAUAGUGAGGAAAAUUUUAUUUUAUUUUCUUUAUUUUAUUUAUUUAUUUACAUCAGGUAACUGUGAGCGUUUUGAGUAUACAAAACAAACAUUAUGUCUUUCACAAGCACGUUAAUCGUGGCAAGCAAAACAUCCAAGACGAUUAGUUUUAUCAUUCGGACUCUGCAAAGCAUAAUGAUAUCAAAUAGUCAGUUUUUUAAUAAGAAUUGCCAAAGAUAGCAUUAACUGUCCAGAAUUGCUGUCACUUAUACAUCUACGUACUAACCUAUUGCAAUGUUUUUUUGCCGUAAUGAAUUUGAUUUGGUCCGUCCAGAUAUAAGACAGUAAGGCGGAAAAACUAUUUCUUUAAUAUUUUUUUUCCUUUUUGUUAUUUUUCUUUUUAGUUUUCGUCUCUCCUUGCCUUUGGUAAGCACUUGAUGUUCUAUGAAAUAACGUUAAUUGCAUUUGAAUACUCAUGAUUACAUAGUUAAAACUAUGUAUUUAUACGAUAAAUUGCCGUAUUUCUCAAUGUAAUUACAACGAUACCUAUUAAUAAAUUGAUUUUGAUUGCCGCACGUGUUCUUAUACGCUUUUGUUUACGCGCCUUCAAAUCUGACGCUUAUGGAAGCGUUGCUGGCUACUGCACCACUAAUUACAAUAUUCAAAAGAGCAGUUGUAGAGCUAUUGUCGUGACACGGGCGCGCCAUUUUUGCAGUCACAAUAAUUGCGCCGCAGUCGCGCAUUACAGCAUUUCUACAAGCGUCUAAUUGAAUUAAACUCUUUAAUUGCGCACACAUCGAUUAUCCUAACGUGAUUAGGGGUUGGCUGGAGAUGCGAAGAUGGAGUCUUCAUCGUCCAUCCACGCAAUAUUUUUUCGAGGCGUCGAGAUGAUAGAUAGUUGUAAUACCUAUUAAAUUGUUUCAGCGCGUGUAUCUCAGUUUUGUAAUGACACAUUGACAUGUUCUUUUUGUCAUUUUUGUACUUAAGAUUGCAAUUAAAAAUAAGUGUACAUAAGUGAUUUUAUAUGAAUUAUAUCGAUUGCUUCACAUAGGAAAUGAAAUAUUUUUUUCGGAUCUAAAUUGCGCACAUUAGUUUUUUCAAAGAAACCGUUUCCGGCAUUUUACAACUUUUAUGAUAUUAUAUGAGAACAUUAUGGUACCUGCAAAGAGCCCGAAAAAAUUAAUUCAUUUCUAAUUGUAUGGAUAUUUAAUAUGAAUUCGAAUUUUGCUUAUCAUAAACAAGAAGAAAAGUAGAAAAAUGACUUCUAAGCUUGAAAAUACGAUAUUAUACAUUUUGCAUGUUAAAAUCAAUACCGUCAAUAAACAAAAAUUGCAUAUUUUUUUAAAUUUACUUUCAGAAAAUUUUAAAACCAUUCAGCACUUCAUCAAUUGCCGUUUUACAAUUAUCUCAGUUAAGUAGUCUUAAUUUCAAAUGUGGUUGUGAAAUCAUUUCUACGCUAUUAAAUUCUUAGCUGGUUAAGUAACAUAACAAUUUAAAACGAUGUUCGUUCGGUAAACUCCUUCACGGGAAGCUUUCGGUUUGCUCCUUCUAAAUGUACUUAGGAACAAACCAUCAAACUUUCUCAGUCAUUACACACUUUUAAAAGAAAAGUGUAAACAAUGCCUGUUUAACAUCCAUAAAUGGCAGCGCAAAUCGAAGGAAGCGGAGAGAGCAUCGAAGAGGAUAUUUUAGUAACAGUAAGAAAGAAUUCGACCAGAGAAAUACUGCCACCUUAC